UACACAACCGAUAAAGUUUUUUUCAAUUCACAUGGGCAAAAGUAAUGGCGGCCCCCCUCGUGUCAUGUUUGAUAGUCGUCGAAUCUGAAGAUAAUUUAAUUCACCUAGGAACUGGACGCAUUUGAGAAAGGAAAUGAAGACGAAGAACACAAAUAAGAAGCGAAUCCACGCCGCCCGGGUUAAGCCACUCAAACGGAGCAUUGAAGUUAAGGGACAAUGGAAGGCGAUCGAGUUAGAUCCUGGACUCUUCUCCGAAGAGGGCCUGGAGGGUCUGGUUUGUUUUGAGGAGCUGAGAAGUUAUCGUCUAGUGGACUCUGACAAAGGUGCAACAAAUGCAAAGGAGGGGAAGAAAAAAACAAAGAAGAGAAAGUCAAGUGAAGGUGAUGAAGUCGAGAAGGGGCAUGUGGACAGCAAACAGUCCGAAAAGACAUCAGAACCAGCUAAAAAGAAGAAGAAGACUGUUGCUGUAAAUGAAUCAACCCAAGAUGAAACCAUCACGGUGCAGGUGACACAGAUUGAUGCCGAUAAAAAAGAGGACACGUCCACAGCGCCAUCUGCCAUUACUGGCACAAAAGAUAAACGAAAACUAAAAAUAAAGUCAAAAAGAAAGAAGAAAAAUAAGCAGAAUGAUACAGAAAAGAUCACAGAAGAACAAACCAAGGCCGGCAAAUCAAGCCAAGGUGAAGCAAUAAAGCCUAAAAAGCAGUUAAAAAACUGGACAAAUGCUGCACUUGCCGGUUCUCAUGUCAAAAACACUGACAUUAGUGCAUGGAAAGACCUCUUUGUGCCCCCUGUUGUGCUGAAGGCCCUCAGCAACCUAGGAUUCACUUCACCGACCCCAAUUCAAGCAUUGGUGCUGCCUCCAGCCAUCAGAGAUCGGAUGGAUAUAUUAGGAGCAGCUGAGACGGGAAGUGGCAAAACAUUAGCGUUUGGUAUUCCUAUGAUCCACAACAUCCUGGAGUGGAAGGACAGCUCUGGAAAACCUGUGGACAACAACAUGAAUUCAGGCAGUCCAGAGCCCCCUGGAGCCAAUGGUGGGAGUUCUGAGGAGCUAUCAGUGCAGGACCAGGAGGAAGGAAGUGUCACUGAGCAGGGUGAAGAUGCUGAUGAAGACACCGUUGACGACGAGCACAGCGAUGAUGAUCAGGAUCGGGGGCUGGGAUGCGUGAAGGUGAUUGAAGAUGGGGCUGUGGACUUUGACAACGACUCUGCUGAAGCGGCCGAGAAGGACGGUGCUAGUGCUCGGGGCCGGCCUCUGCUCGGACUGGUCCUCACCCCCACGAGGGAGCUGGCGGUUCAGGUCAAACACCACAUUGAUGCUGUGGCCAGGUUCACUGACAUCAGGACAGCCAUAGUGGUGGGUGGGAUGGCACAACAGAAGCAGAGGAGGAUGUUGAGUCACAGGCCAGAAAUCAUCAUCGCCACUCCAGGGCGCCUGUGGGACUUGAUCAAGGAGAGACAUCCGCAUCUUCUCAAUCUCAGGCCACUUAGGAGCCUGGUGAUUGACGAAGCAGAUCGCAUGGUAGAACGAGGCCACUUUGCGGAGCUGGAGUCUCUCCUAGAGAUGCUUAACACGACUCACUUCAAUCCCAAAAGGCAAAACUUUGUGUUCUCUGCCACGCUCACCAUGGCUCACAGUCUGCCCACACGCGUGUUGCAGAAGAAGAACAUCCAGCAGACCGACAAGGUGACCCUCCUCAUGGAGAGAGUGGGGAUCAAGUCCAAGCCCAAAGUGAUCGACCUCACGAGAACACAGGCUACUGUGGAGACCUUGACCGAGACCCAGAUUCACUGCCAGAAAGAGGAGAAGGACUUCUUCCUCUACUAUUUUCUGUUGCAGUAUCCUGGCCGCACCAUGGUGUUUGCCAACAGCAUCGACUGCAUCAAGCGGCUCAACACGCUGCUGGUCAUCUUGGACUGCACGCCGCUACCUCUGCAUGCCAACAUGCAUCAGAAGCAGCGUCUGAAAAAUCUGGAGAGGUUUGCUGAGAGGGAGAGUUGUGUUUUGCUGACAACUGAUGUGGCAGCAAGAGGGCUGGAUAUCCCUGAUGUGCAACAUGUUAUUCACUAUCAGGUUCCCCGCACAUCUGAGACAUAUGUCCAUCGCAGCGGCAGAACAGCAAGAGCUACGAAGGAGGGUCUCAGUUUACUCCUCAUCGGUCCAGAUGACAUGAUGAACUUUAAAAAAAUUUACAAGAACCUUAGAAAGGAUAAGGAGCUUCCUGUGUUUCCCGUAGACAGCCGCUGCAUGGAGGCUAUCAAGGACCGUGUAAACUUGGCCAGAAAGAUAGAAAAGAUUGAGUUCUACAACAACAGGCAAAAGCACCACAACUCCUGGUUCAGACAAGCAGCAGAGGCCAUGGACAUCACUCUUGAUGAAGACCUCUUACUUGGUCAUGGGAGGGACGAGGAUGACGACAGGGAGCAACAGAAGAUGGUGAAAGGCAUGAAAAUACACCUCAAGCAUCUCAUCUCCCAGCCCGUGUUCAAGGGUGCCACAAAGACCAAGUACCCCACUCAGAUGGGACGCCUGUGCCUGGCUAACUUGCCUCUCGUGGGGGAGGAAAGCGCCAUCACGAGAGUUUCGGCAGUGCAGAAGAAAAAAAAUACCGGUGCAUCACAGCGCAAAAAAGGAAAGCAGAAAAAAGAAAGGCAGUGAACAUUUUUAUGGAAAUAUUGAAAUUGGUUUAGUCAAAAUUGGACAGUUUCGGAAUCAAGUUUCACUGCAUGUUUGUUUUAAUUAAAAUAUUUUAACUAGAACUUGUUAUUGUACAGUCACUGAGUUGAAAGGCCAAAGACAAAUAUCACACGGUCCACUUUUCAGUGAUGCUAUAACAACGUGUCCCUAGAGCCUAUUUGCUCCACUUUUAAGAGUUGCUCAUUCGCAUUUGAAGUUGUUUUCAUGAUGUCAUGAAGGAAAAACUUCCUCAUGGAUAUACUGCUAAAUGGGCCUACCCCGCAUAUACGGCCACCACUUCACUGAGGACAGCUUUGGUUAAAAAAAAAAAAGACAUGCUACACAUCUUAAAGGCUGGAGAAGUGUACGUUAGUUACAGAUGUAGACGCUGUAAGUUUGAUCGUUUGGUUUUUUCAUCAGCAAAUAGGCUAUCGUCACAUGUUAAAGUGUGACUGUUUACAAUAUAGCGAUGCUAGUGUUUAGAACGGUUGUGCCAUCCAUCCAUCCAUCCAUUUUCUAUGGCACUUCUAAGUAGGGUGGCGGGGGCAUGCUGGAGCCUAUCCCAGCUGACUUCGGGCGACAGGCGGGGUACACACUGGACUGGUCCUGUCCCGUUCUAAUGCAUCACCUCAUUGCCUCCAAUCUUGCCACCAACACAUUUGCCCCCAUACAUUCACACAAUGUCUUAAAACAGUUGGUAAGAAUUGUUUAAUCACAUUUGUGUCUGUGCUGAGUUGAGUGUUGUCAGGGUGGGGGUCAUGGGUAAAGAAUGCUAAAGUGUGAUAUGUGGUGGAGGAGGUGUAUAGAGGCCUCAGCACCAUCAGGGAUGAUGUGGUGCACCAACUGCUCCUCAUCGCCCUCCAUUGAGACCACGUGGAUGCAAAUUCCCAGCGCUUGAGUGAGAGCCAAGAUGUCCACAUGGUCGCACUCCAUCCCCAUGGCUUCCACAUCCUGCAUGAGGGUAAACAAAGUCAAACAGCAUUUGGAGUAUGUGUAUGACCUGUUUGUUCACUUGGGGGCAGUAGCAUUCUACUGACUUGAUGACAGUACGCCUGCAGGCUGGGUGCCUCCACAAAGUUGCAGAAGUCGUCGGCAUUGUUCUGCAGGUAUGCAGAGGUGAGUAGACGCAGGUACUGCACCACGCUGUCUGAGGUCACGUGAUCAUUGAAGAGCCUGAACAGCAUCUCCUCCCGUUCGCCACCUUCGCAGCGCUCAAUGACAUUAACAACCUUUAUGAGGAGGAAAGACACCACCGUAAGUACCAUACUUCACACAGUGGCUGAAGGUGUCUGAACUGCUCAGAGUAGCAGGCAUUUAUUUGGUGGGGAAUUUUUAGAAUAUAAUGUAGUCUUUGGUCAUUUUGGUA